GGGGAGGAGGAGCCGCGGCCGCCGCCAUGCGGGGAGGCAGGGAAAGAGGGAGGGCGGCAGCGAGCGAGCGAGGGAGGGGGCGCGGCGGCGGAGUUGGCUCGGCCCGGUCGGCGGCUUCGGCGGCGCCAUGAGAGCGGGGAGCGGCGGAGAUUGAAGUGAUUAAAUUCAGAUAUAACUAAACUUGGUUAGAGGGCUUUUUUAAAAAAAGUUGUUUCAGUGCAUCAGAGCAAGUUACUACUGCUUUACCGUUCAGAGACUUACAGGUGCUUGCCUGCAUUGCAAUAAAGGACUCAUAUAUUGAGCAAGACUUAUAUUUAUCUCUUCGUUUUGGAGAGUCUAAUAAACUGUUAUUACAGUUUCUCUACUGACUUUCAAAAGUUUUGAGGUCUAAAAGAGACACCUUUACAAAUAACAAAGCAUGAGCACGGCCAGAACAGAGAACCCUGUUAUAAUGGGUCUAUCCAGUCAGAAUGGGCAGCUGAGGGGCCCUGUGAAGCCCAGCGGCGGCCCUGGAGGAGGGGGCACACAAGCGCAGCAACAGAUGAGCCAGCUGAAGAACACCACCACAGUCAACAACGGCACUCAGCAGCAAGCACAGAGUCUGACCACCACUAUAAAACCUGGUGAUGACUGGAAAAAGACUUUAAAACUCCCUCCAAAGGAUUUGAGAAUCAAAACUUCGGAUGUGACCUCCACAAAAGGAAAUGAGUUUGAAGAUUACUGUUUGAAACGGGAGUUACUGAUGGGAAUUUUUGAAAUGGGCUGGGAAAAACCAUCUCCUAUUCAGGAGGAGAGCAUUCCCAUUGCUUUAUCUGGUAGGGAUAUCUUAGCUAGGGCUAAAAAUGGAACUGGCAAGAGCGGUGCCUACCUCAUUCCCUUACUUGAACGGCUCGACCUGAAGAAGGACAAUAUACAAGCAAUGGUGAUUGUUCCUACUAGAGAACUAGCCCUACAGGUCAGUCAAAUCUGCAUCCAGGUCAGCAAACACAUGGGAGGGGCCAAAGUGAUGGCAACCACAGGAGGAACCAACUUACGUGAUGACAUAAUGAGGCUUGAUGAUACAGUACAUGUGGUGAUUGCUACCCCCGGAAGAAUUCUGGAUCUCAUCAAGAAAGGAGUAGCGAAAGUUGAUCAUGUCCAGAUGAUAGUAUUGGAUGAGGCAGAUAAGUUGCUGUCACAGGAUUUUGUGCAGAUAAUGGAAGACAUUAUUCUCACGCUACCUAAAAACAGGCAGAUUUUACUAUAUUCAGCCACUUUCCCUCUUAGUGUUCAGAAGUUCAUGAAUUCCCAUUUGCAAAAACCUUAUGAGAUUAACCUGAUGGAGGAGCUAACUCUGAAGGGAGUAACCCAGUACUACGCAUAUGUAACUGAGCGCCAGAAAGUACACUGCCUCAACACACUUUUCUCAAGGCUCCAGAUAAACCAGUCAAUAAUUUUCUGCAACUCCUCUCAACGUGUUGAACUAUUAGCUAAGAAGAUUUCCCAACUGGGCUAUUCUUGCUUCUACAUCCAUGCUAAGAUGAGGCAGGAACACCGAAAUCGUGUAUUCCAUGAUUUCCGAAAUGGCUUAUGCCGUAAUCUUGUUUGCACUGAUCUGUUUACCCGAGGUAUUGAUAUCCAAGCUGUGAAUGUGGUGAUAAAUUUCGACUUUCCAAAGCUGGCAGAGACCUAUCUCCAUCGUAUUGGUAGAUCAGGUCGCUUUGGUCACCUUGGUUUGGCCAUCAAUUUGAUCACAUAUGAUGAUCGAUUCAAUCUAAAAAGUAUUGAGGAACAACUGGGAACCGAAAUUAAACCCAUCCCAAGCAACAUUGACAAGAGCCUGUAUGUGGCAGAAUACCACAGUGAGCCUGUAGAAGAUGAGAAACCUUAACAAGCAUGCUUUGACAAUACAGAAGCCCAUCUGGAUCUGUGACACGUGGUUUCUUUGGGAAUGCUCUUCUCUUUGUGGGUUUUUCGUCUUCUUUUCGUUUUGGAACUAUGAAGACUUAACAAGAGCUCAGACUUUUUUUUCUUUUUAAUCUGGCAGAGAGGAGAAAAAAGCUGAAAAGAAGGAAUAUACCUUUUUUGUUCCACUUGUUUGCACUGUGUGCUGACUGAACAUUUGUUGCACUAACUGCUGGUUUUAAAAAUUUCUUCUGGGAGGCAGCGGGGGAAGGAGGGAAGAGGAAGAGGAGGGGAGACCCUGAGAAGAGAAGAACCUUGGUAAACUCAAGCUUGUCUACUAUUUCAGAAUUCUCCAACAGCUGACUAGGAGUGCAUCUCAACUUCUCCCUGGUUCUCAUCCGUUUUUAAGCCUAAAGAGCUUGUUACUUAUUUGUGCGAAGUGCCUUAUGCUAUGAGACCAUUCAGAAUAUCAUCUUUCAGACGCAGCCCAAGGAAUCAACGAUGGCAAUUCUUUCUUUUUUUUCCUCUCCCCAUCCCUUUUUGGUUUCAGGUCAGUCUCUUUCCCUUCCCCUCCUCAUUCACUCAAAUACUCAAGCCCAGGGCUGGGAAAUGAAACAUAUUGGUAAUGUUAAACACUUGUUUUUUGUUUGGUUUUUCAUCGGAGGAGUUGAUAUGCAACAGCAGUUCACCCGCAUUGUAAAUACAUGUAUUUAAAAAAAAACCCAAGUAAAAAAUUCUGGGCUGAGUAGGUGCAACAUCAUCGCUCCCGAAGGAAAGAGCAGUCUAUCAUUGCAGGAGCCAUAUGACAAGCCUUUGUGCUCUUUAGCAGAACACUAAAGACUGAUUUACAUAAGCCUCCAUUAGUAGUUAUGGCACUUGAUGUGUAGACAUGUCAGAGCCUUGACCCUCUUUCCUCUGUGGCAAAGCGUGUCCCAUAGAAAAUUGGAUGUGUAUACUUGUAUAAACUUUGUAAAUAUGUUUUUUUCUGGGUUCAUAUAUAACUUUUUUUUUAUGAAGGUUGCUGGGAUUAAGGGGAUUAGACUGAUUAUGGGAGCAGCUAAAGAUGAGAGGGGCUCAGUUUUUCGCAACACUAAACCCUAAAAAGUGCUCCAGCCUCUUACUGUAGAAAGCAGGCCUCUAUGGGGGAAUCCCACAGUUGAGAAAGGGACCCUGGGGUGGGUGAUGAGGGGUAUUCACUGAUACUUGCUGCCACACUGCUGUGGAGGAGUCCUACUGAGAGAACAAGGAAGCUUCAAAAAUGUGUAGCUCAAGAUGUUUUUGAGAUGCUUUCUGACAUUCCUCCCUCCCCCUCUUAAAAAAAAAGACAAAAAACAAAAAAUUCCAUAAACUACAUGCUCUGAAAAGGGGGGUAAAGACAAAUCUACCUUGCAGCGUAACCAUUCUAGCAGGUGGUAGUAUUGUUGAGCAGUAUAUAAAAAGCACAGGUUUGAGUUUCAGAAAUAGAAGAUACCAGUUUAUAUAAACUGACAGUUCUGGAGCUUUUUAUCUGUGGGUCAUUUCUUGUACGCAUUUGUUGCCCCCAAACACCUUGAUCCAUGGAUUUUGCGUAGAGAUGGGCAAACCCUGAGACCUGUUAACUUCAAAGCUACAGAAAGCUGCUUGCCAUCCUCUGUGUUUUGGCAUGAGUUGCUGUCUGUCAUUCUGCAUUGUAUAUUGCUGGCAAAUGCUUUAUGGUCAAUAGUGUUGCUUUAAAUUGUGCCCCUCCCAACAUGCUUGAUGUUUGGCCUGAUCUCCAGGCAAAAGGAGUGAGAUGAAUCAAAACCAGUAAACUUUUUUGUUGUUUUUUUUGUUGUUGUUGUUGGGGUUUUUUUUUUCUUUUUUUUUUAAAUUCCCUUUUUAGCCCAGUGUAUUGUAGUCGGUCAGGAGGCAUCUUCAAA